AUGAGUAACUUGAACAAGAUGCGACGUAAAAGUUCACGAAAAGAAUGCUCAAAUGUGAAAAGAAGAAAGACCAGCUCAUCUCAAAGCAGUACUAUCACCGCAGCUGACCUCUCACAAAUGGAAUACCUAGCAACUAUGCUACAAAAGACGGUGAGAACUAUCAUCGACAAGGCGCCAAAUAUGAGCUUAUUAAAGGAUCAUAUUGCUCAUUUAGCGGAGGUCGCGGACCGUGAAAACAACAAUUCUCAAAGCAAUUUUAAUGGGGAAAACACGCUUCAACCAGAGCUUGUGAUUUUAAUGAGAUCUCAAAAGAUACAGCUGAUUGCCAGGCUUAAAACUAUGCUGGAUGAUGGAAAGUUGCCUAUAUUCAAGCAAAUAGCUGAAUUUAAUGACUCGACUAUCUUCACUGAUUCCGAGUCUACAAUGUUAAAUGUUACCAGAAGACCCAGUGAUCAACAUAUUGCUGAUAAUGACAAGCACAAUUUAUUUUUACCCAAUAAACCUACUAGGGGGUACCAAAUGUUGUACAAAUCUUUUCCAGGGACUGGAAUGCCUGAUUUACCACUGAUCCACAAUCGUGCUUUGGAGGCCAGAGUUUUUACGCAUAAAUCCAUAGUCAAUAAUGUCAAACAUCUAAGUGUAGAAGACGCCUUACAUUCACACAAUGAGCGAUUGGAAUUCUUAGGUGAUGCAAUUCUUGAAGGGGCUGUUACAGAAGUGAUUUACAAGAAAUUCCCAAAUUCUGAUGAGGGAGAAAUGUCAAGAAUGAGAUCAGAUUUGGUUAAUAAUCUUCAGUUGGCGGAGUAUGCCACUAAAUAUGGAUUCGACAAGAAACUCCAUAAGGACACUUCUACAAUAGGCCAAUUUUUCAGGGGAAAACGAAAGCCUGUUGCGGAUGUCUUUGAAGCGUACAUAGGAGGUCUUGCUGUAGACGGCAACUACGAGAACGUAGAUGAAAUUAGAAAUUGGUUAGCGGAGGUGAUGAGGGAAAAGCUAGAUCUGUACAAAAAGAACGGAGAGUACGAUGCUAAGGAAAAGAUUGACAAAAAUGCCAAGGCACAACUAUAUGCUCUAAUUGGAUCUGCUAGAUCGCAUCCGGAAUAUAUUGUUGAAAGUCAGGGAGAACAAGGAGCCAAGGUGAAUUGUGUGAUGAGUAAUGAAAUAAUAGGUACAGGGAAAGGAGCUGGGGUUAAAGAUGCUUCAUUGAAAGCCGCUAUGAAGGCACUUAAAAACAGGAAAGCAAUUGCAAAAUAUAGUGCAAUUCGUUUGAAGACUCCACGGGGAGAAUCGGUUAUUCCAUUGCAACAAAACAAAAAUGAAGGAAAAGAAGGCAAUGAAGGACAAAACGAAACAAAAUACGAACUACCUGUUGAGAUUAAAGUCGAUGCUGAACCUUUGAAAAAAAAUAAACAAUAUAAAAAUGAACUCUAUAAACUUCUUGCAAUGAAGAAAAGCCUUCCUGAAUACAAAACAGAGAGAAUGGACAACAAUAAGAUGAUAAAGUGCACCCUUUUAGUAAACUCUGUUCCAGUGUGCUACUGCUGUGCGGCAAACGCCAAAAUCGGAGGAAAUAGUUGUGCUAAAUACGUUCUCGAACACAAAGAUAUUCUAGGACAAUGCUAUGUAUUUUAG